AUGUCUAGUAGUUGUCUUUUAUUACCUCCGGUCAUAUCUAUGCCUCUUUCUAGCCCUAUGUUUAUUGACGGCCUGGCUUCCAGCCAGGUUAUCCAAACAGUAAUAUCUAGGCAUCUUUAUAGGAAGUCUAGGACUGGCUGCCAGAGAUGCCGCGCUCAGAGGGUCAAGUGCGUCCAUGACUGCAUAGUCAGCGGCAGUGAAUCUAUCCGCGAAGCGCCUGUGGAUUUCUUAUCCGAUGAUUGCGAUAUCGAUGAGCCUGAGGAGUCAGCGGAACGACGGAAUUCCGAGCUCGAACUAUUACAUUUCUGUAUUACCGAAACUGGGCCAUUUAUACCUUUCGACUAA